AUGCUUUCUCUGGAUGGCUGGCCGGUUAAAUUUGCUUCUUCAACCGUGCUCUACAUGUUGGUCUGUGGUGGCCUUGGCUGGAUGGCUUCAACCAAACGUUUUGCUUGUGGUGGUGGUUUGGUGGUUGGCUUGCUUGUGGUGGUUUGGCGGCUCUCUUCAUGCUCUUGGUGGUUGUGGCUCUCCUCAUGCUCAUCGUGGCUGGUGGCUCUCUUCAUGCUCUUGGUGGUUGGUGGCUCUUCAUGCUUUUGGUGGCCUGCUUGCUGUGAUGUUGGAAUAUGGUUGGGCUCAACCAGUGGUAUGGAUGGUAUGGAGAAAGCAGAAUGUGCUUCAAUGGAUGGAAUCCGUUUUUGGAGGUUUUUAGUUCAUUGGGGAAGGGGGGAAGUUUUACAGGGAGAAGCCUGUAGAAGGCUAGAGGGGUGUUUAUUGAUUUUCUGUACUUGA